AUGGUGGGCCAAAGCUCACAGGAACUACAAGACCAUCGAAGAUUAAACACUCCCACGGUCAGUUUGGUUCCAAGUCGAGCGCCUAGUAAGGCUCCCAGUAUGAUUCCAAGUCAGGCACCAAGUAAGACUCCCAGUAUGAUUCCAAGUCAAGCACCAAGUAAGACUCCCAGUAUGGUUCCGAGUCAAGCACCUAGCAAAUCUCCAAGCCUGUCUCCAAGCAGGACUCCGAGUAGGAGUCCAAGCGUGGCUCCCAGCAAACUUCCAAGCAAUGCCCCAAGCAAUGUCCCAAGCAGGAUGCCCAGUCUCGCUCCGAGCAAUAAGCCCUCCAAGCAGGCAAGUGCAAUGCCAAGUCGCACGCCGAGUCUUUCUCCCAGUAAAGCUCCAAGCCUUGCUCCAUCAUCAAACCCUUCUCUUUCGGAUGUCCCAAGCGCGAGUAUACAGCCAUCAUCGAAUCCGAGCGGAAGUUCCCAGCCAUCUCUCAGUAAGGCUCCAUCUUUGCAGCCAUCUACAGUGCCAUCAGUUUCCCCGUCAAAACAACCAAGUUCGCUGCCAUCGAUACGGCCAUCCAAUUUGCCUUCUGUCCGGCCAUCCAUCCAACCAAGCAACCAGCCAUCGAUCAAGCCAUCCAAUGGUCCAUCCACAGUACCUUCCAGGCAGCCGAGCUUAUCCCCAUCCAAAUCCUUGAAUCCGAGUAACGUACCAAGUGCCAGUGAUGCACCGUCCCUUGCUCCUUCCGGCGCCCCUUCCAAAGUUCCAAGUGCGGCGCCUUCGCAACUCCCAACGAUCCCGGGUGCGAGUGCCAGGCCAAGCGCCGCAGCAUCGUCCAAUCCUUCCAAUCGGCCAUCCACAAUCCCUUCGGUAAAACCAUCGAAUCUGCCUUCCGUGCUUCCGUCCCUUUUACCGUCGGCCUCCAACGCACCAUCGAAGGCCGAUGUGACGGCGGUUCCGACUCCUGUGGUGGCCAUUGAUCGAGAAGCGACAAUUUCGGUGGAAAUUGGAAUUGAUGGUCUCAAUUCUUUGGAUGCCAUUUGCAGCGGGUUUGACGAGUUUCUUUCGCAAGGGAUUCAAGAUGCCUAUGGCACCGGCGCAAGGUCUACAAUUACCUGCACCAAAGAGCAAGAACUCGAACGACGAAAGCUACAAAAUGACAAUAUUUUUACGCCCACCAAUACCGUUUUGGACUACGAAAAACCAGUAUUGAUCACCGUGUCGACGACAUUUCCCAAUUUUCGAACGGCCCCAAGGCAAUUUGGAUUCUUGGAAUUUUUGGAACAAUUGGUGGUAUCCGAUCGCGCCAUUACCGAACUGCCACAGUAUAUUCAACAAGCCUUGGGCUCUGAUAUUGAAGGGGUUCAUGUGACCCUGGUGUACACACCCAAGAAACCGAUAUUGAUUGUGGCAUUUGGAGAGGAUGCUCCGACUGCAAGUCCAACAGUCUCCAACGGAACGCAAACACCAGGAUCUCCGUCCGGGGCACGUGGGGUUCUUCAUCAGUCACAUUUGUCAUGGUUGCUUUGCUCCAUUAUUGGGGGUAUAGUAUCUUGGUGA